AUGCCAGGCGUAAAUUCCAUCAAGCUCUUGACGGGUGCGUGAGGUGUGCUCCUAGCGUACCCCAUGAUGGCAUCUACCCGAACGCUUCCGAUACCAUGUGGUCAAUUUGCUUCCUCGACGCGCCGAUAGCUGACUUGUGAACAAAUGUCACCUGGCCGCAGGAAACUCUCAUCCCGAGCUUGCGCAGCUGGUUGCGGAUAGGUGCGUGAAGAGCAGGCUACGCACACAUCACUGCCCUGCCAUCAUCUGACGAGGGUCUCCACUCAUCAGGUUGGGCAUUGAGAGGACACCAUGCAUCGUCAAGAAGUUUGCUGACCAGUCUAUCGACGUUCGAAUCGGCGCUUCGGUGCGAGACGAAGAUGUUUUUGUGCUGCAAACCUCCAACUCAUCGGCUGUGGAUGCCAACGACAGCUUGAUGGAGCUUCUGAUUCUCAUCAGCGCCUGUCGGACUGCUUCAGCACGACGCAUCACUGCAGUCAUCCCCUGCUUUCCCUAUAGCAGGCACGACAAAAAGGACAAAUCCAGAGCACCAAUCACGGCCAAGUUGGUGGCCAAUAUGAUCAGCGUUGCUGGUGCUGAUCAUGUGAUCACCAUGGAUCUUCAUGCGAGUCAAAUCCAAGGGUUCUUCGACAUCCCCGUGGACAAUCUGACUAGCGAGCCUAGCGUCGCCAGGUGGAUCAGGCAGAAGAUUCCAGACUUUAAAAACUCCAUCAUCGUCUCGCCCGACGCUGGUGGUGCCAAGAGGUGCGUAGCGACUGCGCGUGCAAUACUUCAUGAGCUACUUGACCUGAUUGACCUAUUGCGCUUUUCUUGCUAGGGCCACAUCUUUGGCCGACAUCCUCGGCGUGGACUUCGCCUUAAUCAACCGUAACCGGAAAAGGGAACAGAAUAAGAGGCUGAGAGCAGCUGCGGCUAACGCCUCCAGUCUGAAUGCCGGAGUCAGCAGGGCAUCAUCCUUUUCUGAUCUGCAAAGCGGACUCAGCACGCCAAUGACAGGAAGUUUCAUGAUGGAGUCCACUUCUGGAGUCGCGCACCUCAAUGGCACCGCAGGUCCUACCACCCAUGCGGAUAGAGUCAAGCACGAGGCGCUGGGCACCGCUGCAGUAAGUUCCGUCCGCUUUGAAGCCCUAAGACGAACCGCGCUGAUCGUCCACCUUACCAUGCCCGCAGCCGCUCAAGGACGUCAGUGACCAGCUCUCCAGGCUCAGUGUCGGCGCAGAAGGCAACCCCAAUUUGUCGCUUUCCGAGCGCACGCCACGACCUGAAGGCCUAGAGCCGGCUUUCGAACCUUCUUCGGGACCCAUCGAUAGCCUGAGACCCGGACAGCCGACCAUGUUGGCUUCGUCAUCCUCGUCUGCACUCACCACUCAGGAUGAUGAUGGAGAGGAAGCAGAGACGAAGAUGGAGAUUCUGGUGGGAGAUGUUGCCGGUAAGGUGAGCAGGUCAGGCUUGGCGAGAAAUUGGUGCGGCGCCCUUUCACAUCUGACGUGUUGCCCUUCCUAUACACAGGUUGCCAUUCUAGUGGACGACAUGGUGGACACUGGACGGACGCUCGCGCUCGCUGCUAAGACUUUGAAGGAUGCAGGCGCUCGGGCAGUCUACGCGCACAUCUCUCACGGCCUCCUUUCGGGUCAAGCUACGAACCUGGUCAGGCGUCUAGACCUGGAGAGGUUGGUGGUGACCAAUACCAUUCCGAACAGCGACAAGGCGGAAAAGAGCAACGGCAAGUUGGAAGUGAUGGACGUAUCGGCAGUGAUCGCGGAAAGCAUCCGUAGAACUCAUAAUGGAGAAAGUAUAAGGUGAGUAGACGGACUGCUUCUGCGCUGGACGCGGACAGAUUUGAUUGACGCCCUCCACAUCCUAUUAUUUCGCACACCAGCAUGCUUUUCGAUGCAAACCUCUUACUUUGA